ACUACUCAGUCCUCCCGACACUUUUCCCAAACAUCAACAAUGGAGUUUCCGUUCGGCCACCACCACCAACAUCACCACCGUGAUGACGAUGACGAUGAAAGAAACCGCCUUCGUCCCCAGUUCCCUCCGGCAGUUAACUUACCUGAAGUCUUCCAACCCCCUCCAGGCAUCCACCACGUCUCCCAUCAACCCGGCUCGGGAUUCGCCCCUCCGCCACCGUUCUUCGAACCACCGCCACCGCCAUUAUUCGGAGUUCAGCCGGCUCCGCCGCAUCGUCCUUCUCAUCAUGCCGAUGAUCCUUCACAGGACGGACGCUACGAGACGCCGUACGGGCGGGAGGAGGGACACCACCGCCCGGGAUACUCCGAUGAUGUGAGACAUCAGGGAGAUGGCGAGUAUUUCAAAGGGCAGCAGACGGUGAGGGUGUUCACGAAGGCGGAGGAAAAUUACUCGCUCUCGAUUCGUGAUGGAAAGGUUAUACUCACGAGGCACGACCCCCGCGAUGAGUAUCAGCACUGGUUCAAAGAUAUGAAAUACAGCACAAAAGUGAAGGACGAAGAGGGCUUCCCUGCUUUUGCUCUUGUCAACAAGGCUACUGGUCAAGCUAUCAAACACUCUGUUGGAGCAACACAUCCAGUCCAAUUGGUGCCUUACAAGCCCAAUUUUCUCGAUGAAUCUGUCCUAUGGGCUGAAAGCAGUGACUUGGGCGAUGGAUUUCGGUGCAUAAGAAUGGUCAACAACAUUAGUUUAAAUUUUGAUGCAUUCAAUGGCGAUGAGGAUCACGGUGGAGUUCAUGAAGGAACUGUAAUUGUACUCUGGGAGUGGCUUAAGGGAAAGAAUCAGAGGUGGAAGAUUGCUCCUCACUAAUGAGUGUAUUUGAAGGUGAUUUUCUCACUGUCUGUCUUGAGGCUUUGUGUGUCCUUUUUUUUCAGUAUUUGCAGAAUAAGAUGUGCAGUGGAGUUUGCUUCCCUGCGUUUGUAUCUGGUGUGACUUUAUGUUUGUUGAACAAUAUGCUUGUAUAAUAAAAAUAUUAUUAUGUUUUGGUUUGCAGAAAAAAUGUUCACGAGUGCAUUACACAUA